AUGGAAUCUAUGAAGCGGAACGAAACCUCUGGGCCACAGCCUUCCCAACGUCAACAUCUUUUCAGCGCUUACGAAGGCUCUGUCAUGCAUGACUCUCCAACAUUGGACGAGCAUUACUACCACUUUGCUGAAGACGAGGAUUCCACCAAUGACCGAAAAGGACGCAACAGGACGCAGGUGAUCUCCAAGUACCUGCACAUGGGGCCGUAUGCAGAUGAAAGCGACAUGCCCAGGACAAUCCUGCGCGUUAGCCAGCUUUGGGCAUGGACCAUUGGUGACAAAUGGCUUGUCACAUCAACAUCUUGCGCCAAGGUAGACGGAGCAAACACAUUUGUAGCAGAAAUCCGCCAGCAUCUUCGCCGUCGAGACGAGGACGGGAGUCUCAAUGGCGGAUUAAGUUCGCCUCAAGAAUUGUGCAAGAUUAUUGCAGAGUAUUGCAUUGGUGUUUACGAAAGGAAACAUAAACUUGAGAAGUGGACUUCUGACCCGAGCAAGAUCAUCCGGUACACUGAAGAGCGGUCAAUUCGCCAAGUCUUCUCCGAUUUCAUCAAUAAGAUUGGAAGAGAGGAAGCGGACUUGUUCCGCCAGUUCUCCAAACAACCUGUUGAACUAGAUGAAAAGCAUUCCAAAGCCAAGGACCACUCACUCACAAUCACGGCUGUUCUAGGUGCUACUAGGAAGGCGGCCAAUCUUCUAUUCCAAAUCAAAGACGUCCGUGACGAGCUACACAUUCUGAAAACUGUUGCCGACUACCAAGAGAAAGUUCAGAAUAGCUUGGACGAAGCCAUUCACAGUGCUAGCAACGCAGCAUUUGAGGAGAAUAUGAAGGCGAAAUAUGUCAGAAAUGACAUCGACGAGCUGGACAGGCUUGCUCGCAACAUUCAGGAGGCUGUAAGCGAAGAAUCAACACUCCUUUUCGCUACUGGGUUCUAA